GGAGGAGUCAUGCAAAGGAAAGAGCAGCUGGAGUUCCACACUUUGCCUUCUUCUUAACAAAAAUCACACAAAAUACAGAAACAACUCUCCACGAGAUACUUUUUCAUAUGUCCCAUAUGUCCCUUUGUCGUCAGCUUUCGGAAGGUAUGUAGCUAGACAGGUCCAAGCCGUUAGUUCAGUGAACGCUGAGGUCAGUUUACUGCAGGAAGGAGGAGAAGAAGGGGGAAGGAGGAAAACUUCUCCCGUAGAGCGGUUUUGGACAGUUUUAGAAGUGAGGGUUACGAAAAGUACAAGACUGUUAGACAACUCCAAAGCGCGCGGCGCACGUCUGCAAAAAGCGAAGAAGGCAUAACUGCGCGAAGAAGAAAGAAAAAGCAAGAUACCGAAGAAGAGAAACAAGCCUCGAACACGUGUCCCGGCUCCAUGAGACGCUGAGGAAUGAGCAGUCGCCAUGGAAGCCCAGCCCCAUGCCAGUUCCGCAGCUGAGAAGAAGAAGAAGGUGGAGACCAUCGUGGCCAGCAAGGGCUCCUCGGGCCGCGCCGACGUUAGCGAGAAGGCCGUGGCCUCCAGCACCACGUCCAAUGAAGAUGAGAGCCCGGGGCCUCCUUUCCACCGCGAAAGACGCAACGCCAUCGCAGCACAGCUAUCCCCUACCGGCCCGUCCAUGGGCAAACUGAGCGAAGAGCCCUCCACCUCCACAGAGGAGCGCCCCUCGCUGGUGAAGAAGGAGACGCACGGCUCGCUGCCCCACCUUGCCGAGCACGCCCUGCCCUACCGAGGCACCCUCUUCGCCAUGGACCCCCGAAACGGAUACCUCGACCCCCACUACCCUCCUCCGCAGUUCUUCCCUGCGUUCCACCCCCCUGUGCCCAUCGACGACCGCCACGCUCAGGGGCGCUACAUCUACGAGCCUUCCCCCGUGCCCCCGCUUCACGUACCCCCGUCGCUGGCCGGCAGCCCGGCAUUUUCGGACAUCUCCCUCAUCCGAAUCUCGCCCCACCGGAACCCGUCGGUGGGGGCGGAGUCCCCGUUCAACCCGCCGCACCCUUACAUCAACCCCUACAUGGACUACAUCCGCUCCCUCCACAGCAGCCCCUCCCUCUCCAUGAUCUCCGCUGCCCGGGGCCUCAGCCCCGCCGACGCUCCCCACACUGGUUUGACCACAGCGGAGUACUACCACCAGAUGGCGCUGCUGGCGGGCCACCGCAGCCCUUACGCCGACAUCAUUCCCUCCGUGGCAUCGACGGCCGGGGCGGGGACCAGCGCCCUGCACAUGGAGUACCUGCAGGCCAUGGAGGGGUCGCGCUUCCCCAGCCCCCGCCUCUCGGCCCGUCCCAGCCGCAAGCGGGCGCUGCCCAUCUCGCCGCUGUCGGACCACAGCUUCGACCUCCAGACCAUGAUCCGCACCUCUCCCAACUCGCUGGUCACCAUCCUCAACAACUCCCGCUCCAGCUCCUCCACCAGCGGCUCCUACGGCCACCUGUCCGCCGGCGCCAUCAGCCCAGCGCUCAGUUUCGCCUACCCCCCGACGCCCGUGGCGCUGCAGAUGCACCAGCAGCUCAUUGGCCGGCAGCCCGGGAUGGUGGGAUCGGCGUUCGGGCACAGCCCGCCCCUCAUCCACCCGGCGCCCGCGUUCGCCACCCAGCGGCCGAUACCGGGCAUGGCGCCGCCCGGCCUCGGGUCUUCGGAGCGGAGCGCCGCCCCCACGGACUCCUCGCAGAGCAAACCCACCAGCGAGUCGGCGGUCAGCAGCACCGGGGACCCCAUGCACCACAAGCGCUCCAAGAUGAAGCCGGACGAGGAGCUGCCCAGCCCAGGGGCGGUGAGCGUGCAGGACCAGCCCGAGGGCAUGACGCUGGUGAAGGAGGAGGGAGACAAGGACGAGAGCAAGCAGGAGCCGGAGGUUGUGUACGAGACCAACUGCCACUGGGAGGGCUGCUGCAGGGAGUUUGACACGCAGGAGCAACUGGUGCACCACAUCAAUAACGACCACAUCCACGGAGAGAAGAAGGAGUUUGUGUGCCGCUGGGAGGAGUGCUCUCGGGAGCAGAAGCCCUUCAAGGCGCAGUACAUGCUGGUGGUUCACAUGCGGAGGCACACCGGGGAGAAGCCGCACAAGUGCACGUUUGAGGGCUGUGCCAAGGCAUACUCGCGGCUGGAGAACCUGAAGACCCACCUGCGCUCCCACACCGGAGAGAAGCCCUACGUCUGCGAGCACGAGGGCUGCAACAAGGCCUUCUCCAACGCCUCAGACCGCGCCAAGCAUCAGAACCGCACACACUCCAAUGAGAAACCGUACAUCUGCAAGAUCCCGGGCUGCACAAAGCGCUACACGGACCCCAGCUCCCUGCGCAAGCACGUCAAGACCGUGCACGGGCCCGAGGCCCACGUCACCAAGAAGCAGCGCGGGGACACGCAUCCCCGCCCCCCUCCCCAGCCCCGGGACCCCGGCAGCAACGGCCCCAGCCGGUCCCCAGGACAGCUGCCGCUGGGCGGGUUCGCCGACCAAAGGGACUAUAACCACGCUACCUCAAAGCAGGACGAAUGUCUGCAGGUCAAGUCCAUCAAGACGGAGAAGCCCAUGGCGUCUCAGCCAAGCCCUGGCGGUCAGUCUACAUGCAGUGACCAGUCCCCCCUCAGCGGCGCCUAUUCCGGCAGUGGAGUCCGGCUUGCUGUGAGCGGCGGGGGCGGCGGCGUCGCGGAGGAGGAGGAGGACGAGGGCGAGGGCGAGGAGGAGGCGCCCAUCAUGGACUCCACCGUGUCCACCGCCACCUCCGCCACGCUGGCGCUGCAGGCCCGCCACGGCCCGGCGCAGCCGCUGCGCUGGAUGGAGCACAUCAAGAUGGAGCGGCUGAAGCAGGUCAACGGCGUGCUGCCCCGGCUGGGCCCCCACUCCCCCACGCCGCCCCCCAAAGGCCCCGCGCUGCCUCCCAUCAUAGGAAACGGUACGUACCCAGGCCGCAGUAGCUGUGGGGGGGUGUCCCAGCUGUCCAGCACGGACCUGACGGUGCUGAGCCUGCUGAAGGAGCGUCGGGACAGCGGCGGCAGCACCGUCAGCUCUGCCUACCUGAGCAGCAGCCGCCGAUCGUCGGGCAUCUCGCCCUGCUUCUCCAGCCGGCGCUCCAGCCAGGCCUCGCAGCCCGAGGCCGCCCAUCACCGGCGGCACCACAACGCCAGCGCCACCGACUCGUACGACCCCAUCUCCACCGACGCCUCCCGCCGCUCCAGCGAGGCCAGCCAAUGCGGCGGCGGGGGGGGCGGGGCUCCGUGGGGAGGGGGCGGGCUGUGCGGGGGGUCGGGGGGCAUGCUCAACCUCACCCCGGCGCAGCACUACCGGCUGAAGGCCAAGUACGCGGCGGCAACCGGCGGGCCGCCGCCGACGCCGCUGCCCAACAUGGAGCGGAUGAGCCUGAAGACGCGCAUGGCCAUGAUGGGGGACUGCCAGGAGGGCGGCGGCCACCACGCGCUGCCCCCCCUGGUGGCGCCGCGCAGGUGCAGCGACGGCAGCGCCAACGGCCACGGGAGCCACGGCGGGUACAGGGGGUACGGCCGCCGCGGGCUCUUCCCCCACGAGGCCGCCACCAACGUGGAGAGGAGGGCCAGCGACCCCGUCCGGCCGCAUGCCUCCGACCCCUUCGGCAUCCCCCGCGUCCAGCGCUUCAGCAGCCUCAACAGCGUGCACCCCCUGCCCCUGCUCCACCCCGAGGGGCGGGGCCUGAGCCCCCAGUGCUACGCGCGCUCCGACGGGAGCCUGCCCCGCCCGGCCGGCAUCAGCGAGAACGCAGCGCUGGAGGCCCUGGCCGUGGAGGAGGAGGGCGGCGGCCUGCUGAGCGACGAGGACAUGCUGCCCGACGACCUGGUGCAGUACCUCCGCUCCCAGGGCCAGGGCGGGCCUCGCGGCCCCCCAGCGGACCCCCCGCCGGGGCCCCGGCCCCCCGGGCACCCCGCCGACUUCGACCUGCCCCCGGGGAACCCGGCGGGCCAGUCCUGCCGGAGCGGGGAGGAGCCCGGCAAAGACGUGAUGCCCAUCCAGUGGAACGAGGUGAGCUCGGGGAGCGCCGACCGGUCGCCCCAGAAGCCGCAGCAGAGGUACGGGAGGUGGCCGCCGCCGCCGCCGGACCAGAGCGCCUCCUGCCGCCCGCUGGGCGCGAACGGCAACCUGGCGCUGCAGCAGAUGCUGCCGCGGCACCUGCCAGCGUCCGGCGACUUCCAGGAGCAGUACGCCCCGCAGCAGUGUGGCUUCCAGCAUGCGGCGGCGUUCGGCGGCGGGCACGGCUGCCCGGGGGGGAGCGGCAGGGGGGCGGUCGCCCCGUACGGGUUCGCUGCGGCGAUGCCGGCGGGGCAGCGGCAGCCCUACAGGGCGAGCUCUUACGCCGCCUGCCCCGAGCCCCGGCGGGGGGGCCUCCCGCCCGCGAACGGCUUCCCCCAGCACGACUUCCCCCAGGUGGCCCACGCGCGGCCAAGCUGCCCGGCCCCGCAAGCGGGCUUCCAGCAGAACCGUCCCGCGGCUCACCAGCACGCCGACGGCCCGCUCUUCCCCGGGGUCGGCGACCUCCCCCAGACCUCAGAGCUCCGCCUCCACGCCCAGACCCCGCCCACAAGCUGCAGGAGCUCCGGCAAGCAGCAGCUGUACCUGGGGAGCGGCGCCCCGGGCCAGCAGCAGUUCUCCCGGGACGAGAGCGCCGCGAACGGGUCCCUGUCCCGCCAGGUCUCCAGCCUGAAGCUGGAAGCGACCGACCACCUCCAGGCCAACCCCUGCGCCGCGGCGCAGCAGCACCAGGGCUUCCUCCAGCAAGGGUUCGAGGAGCACGGCGCGUGCUUCCAAGCGCAGGACAUGAAGGAGCCCUCCUUCCCCGACCCGGACGCCGCGUGCCUCCUGAGCAUGAUGGCCGCCGGGCCACCAGGGGACGCCGCCUCGGCCGUCCUCUCCCCGGGAGCCGACCAGGUGACCAGCACGGUGGACGGCGGGGCCAACCUCCUGGACAGCGUGGCGCUCGACUUCGACGCCAUCCUGGACGACGGCUACGACCACGGGAGCCUGACUUCGGGGGUCCUGAGCCCCGGAAUUUUCCAGAACCUCUCCCGCAGCUCGUCCCGCCUCACCACUCCGCGCACCUCCGUGACAUUCCACAGCGUGCCCGCCGGACUCAACAACAUGGCCAUCGGGGACAUGAGCUCCCUCCUCACCAGCCUGGCGGAGGAGAGCAAGUUUCUCGCCAUCAUGCAGUAGCCAUUCUGUCCUAUGGGCGGACGCUAGGACGAACAAAAAGGGACACGCGUGAAUUUACAAAUCUGAAAAAAAUAUAUAAACAGAUCUAUUUUAUACCCUUCUCAUCCCUGAGAAGCAGGGAUGUGU